AUGUCUCAAGAAAGUGCUGCCUGGCCAAUCGCCGAUCAGGCCCUUACUCAGCAGAUUCUCGAUCUUGUGCAGCAAGCGAGCCAUUAUCGUCAACUGCGCAAAGGAGCCAACGAGGCUACCAAGACUUUGAACCGCGGAACCGCCGAGGUCGUCAUUUUGGCCGCCGACACCUCCCCCUUGGCCAUUCUCCUUCAUCUGCCUCUUCUCGCCGAGGACAAGAACGUCCCCUACGUUUACGUGCCCAGCAAGGUUGCUCUUGGACGCGCCUGUGGUGUCAGCCGCGCUGUGAUUGCAGCCAGCAUUACCACCAACGAGGCAAGCGAAUUGGCUGGGCCAAUCCGCACUCUGAAAGAACGAGUUGAGCGACUCAUGAUCUAA